ACCGUGCGAAAUUUCCCUCCAAAUCAACUACGAAACGACCUAUAAAACUCCACCUCCCCUCCCAUGUUGCCACCAGUCACCACCAAACCUGCCAUCACACAGCGCUCACACUCUCACACGGUAGUCUACACACCACACCGCGCACUUACCAGACCAGCGACGACCGAUGGCGAGCACCACCGCCGCCGCAUCGCAGCACCAGGCGAGCACCACCGUGGCGCCGGCGAGCGGCCGUAAGGUGGUGGACGAGGUGUCCGGCUGGCUGCGUGUGAUGGACGACGGCAGCAUCGACCGCACGUGGACGGGCCCGCCCGAGGCCCUGCCACUCAUGCAGCCGGUGCAGCCCUACGCCGUGCCCUGCGACGGCCAUACGCUCCACGACCUUCCCGGGGAGCCCAACCUCCGGGUGUAUCUCCCCGAGGUCGAUGCCGGCAGCGUCGGGCGCCUCCCCGUCAUCGUGCAUCUCCAGGGCGGCGGCUUCUGCAUCUCCCACCCGUCCUGGGUCCUGUACCACCACUUCUACGCGCGCCUAGCCUGUGCCGUCCCGGCCGUCGUGGUCACGGCCGAGCUCCCGUUAGCCCCCGAGCAACGCCUUCCUGCCCAGAUAUACACCGCCGUCGACGUGCUCCGCCGGCUGCGCUCCAUCGCCAUGUCCGACAAAGGCUCUCUCCACGACCCCGCGGCUGAGCUCCUCCGCGAGGCCGCGGACAUAUCCCGCGUCUUCCUCGUCGGGGACAGCUCCGGUGGCAACCUCGUCCACCUCGUCGCCGCGCGCGUCGGUGAGGACGGUGCGGACGCCUGGGCGCCCCUCCGCGUCGCCGGCGGCGUCCCGAUCCACCCGGGGUUCGUGCGCGCCACGCGGAGCAAGUCGGAGCUGCAGGUGACGCCGGACUCGGUCUUCUUCACGCUGGACAUGCUGGACAAGUUCAUGGCCAUGGCGCUGCCGGAGGGCGCUACCAAGGACCACCCAUACGCGUGCCCGAUGGGCCCGAACGCACCGCCGCUGGAGUCCGUUCCCCUGCCGCCGAUGCUCGUCGCCGUCGGGGAGAAGGACCUCAUCCACGACACCAACCUCGAGUACUGCGACGCGCUGCGUGCCGCCGGCAAGGACGUGGAGGUGCUCAUCAACCGCGGCAUGACCCAUUCCUUCUACCUCAACAAGUUCGCCGUCGACAUGGACCCCACCACCGGGGAGCGAGCCCAAGAGCUCAUCGACGCCAUCAAGAGCUUCGUCGCCCGCCACUAAUUAAAGCAUAAUUUAACAGCAUACUGUAUUCCACACGUGCCGCAUCACUGUUAUUACCAUCAGGUGUGUCUGCCAUUAAGUCGAUCGACCUAUGUGUGAGUUUUACGUCCAUAUAUAUGGGUGCUUCGAGUAAUUAUUAAGCAGCGCACAGACUCGGCUGGAGUAGUGUAUGUGACUGUGGAGUAGUGUAUACGCGUCCACAGUGUUUUGGUCAUGUCACUGUAAUAAUCCGUCGUAGUCCAUGAGAAUUAUUUGUAAUAUUAAUUAUUCAAAAUUCAGUCAAAUGUUGUA